GAGCAUGCCAAGGAGAAGAAUGAUGACAAAGGAUCGAAAGAGAAAUGGCUGUUUAUUACAUCAAUUUAGAACCGAUGCACGACUGGAGCACGAAGGAAACAAGUGCACUACUAGAAACAGAGCUGAUAAGAGAGCACUACUGGAAACGGAGCUGGUCGAGGAGAACUAUUGGAAACGGAGUUGGUCGGAGAGCACGACUGGAACAAUCGAACAAGUGCUAGGUGGCAAGAAACGAAGCUGAGGGCACUGGAGGUGAUGGAGACUGGAAAUGGAGCUGGUUGGGGAGCAGGACUGGAACAGCCAAACAAGUGCCAUGGGGCAAGAAACAAUGUUGGUGGCGUCGGAGGUGAUGGAGACUGGAAACAGAGCUGGUCGGAGAGCAGGCACAAUGGAGGACCAGAGCCGAAGGUGAUGGAGUUUGGAGAAGUGGAAUUGGAGAAGAAGAAAGUUGAAAGAGUCAAGUAGGAAGCUUAGGGUUUCUGAUUUUAGUAAUUUAUGUUCAGAUUUUGUGUUUUUAGCUUGAAAUUGUAAUGGGUUAAAGAGCAAAAAGGAUAACAUUGAAAAAAAUUGGAGACAAAAU